UAUUUACUUAUGAAUAUUUUUAGAAUAUCCCAAAAAGAUUUUACAAUAUUGCCGGAAAUAUGAUUUUCAAGGCUUCCGUUCAUUAGUAUUUUUUCAAUAUCAUGUCAUGCUAAGUGAUCCAGCGGAAAUACAGAAUAUUCUCUCCAGCUCUGCUCUAUUGUAUAAGGAACAUUUAUAUUCAUUUUUACGCCCCUGGCUAGGUGAUGGUUUAUUAACUAGCUCCGGUGCUCGUUGGUUAAAACAUCAAAAGCUUUAUAUGCCUGCAUUUGAUGGUCCUGCCAUCGAUGGCUAUAUGCAGGUGGUACAUAAAACUGGCAACAAAUUUGUAGAAAAGCUGCAAGAUUAUGCCGCAAAGGAUGAAAUGUUCGAUAUACAGGAAUUGAUUAGGAAAUGUACGCUGGAUAUUGUGUGUGAAAACGCCACUGGUAUACGCAGCAAAUCUUUGGACAAUCAACCAUCAGAAAUGCAGAAAGCCAUCAUUGACCUUUGUGAUGUUAUACAAGAACGUACCUUUAGUAUUGUUAAAAGAUUCGAUACUUUAUUUUAUUUAACACCAUAUUAUGGCAAACAAAGGAGAGCUCUGAGUUCCUUAAAAACCGAAAUCAAUCGUAUUGUGGAGCAACAAAGACGUCAAUUGCAAGCUACCACCACCAGCAACAGCAACACAGCUGCAACUUCAACACAUUUGAAACCAUUUUUAAAUGUCCUUUUAAAGGCCAAAUUGGAUGGCAGAGAAUUGAAAACUGGCGAGAUUUUUGAAGAAAUCUCAACAUUUAUAUUCACAGGCCAUGAUCCUACAGCGGCUGCCUUAUCCUUUACUUUAUAUACAUUAUCUCGUCAUCCAGAGAUACAACAGAAGGCAUAUGAAGAACAAAAGGAAAUAUUUAAGGGAAAAAGUUUGACAGAAUAUAAAACAUGUGAAGCCACAUUACAACAAUUGGAGCAAAUGUCUUAUUUGGAAUUGGUUUUAAGAGAGACCUUGAGAUUAUAUCCCUCGGUACCUUUGAUAGCACGUACCAAUCGCAAGGCUAUAGAUAUCAAUGGUACUCAAAUUUGCAAGAGAACCACAGUGAUAAUGUGCUUAAUAGCCAUGGGUUAUAAUGAGAAAUAUUUCGAAGAUCCUUGUAAAUUUAAGCCUGAGAGAUUUGCUAAUAUCUCUAAAGAUGAGAAUAUAGGCAUAGAGGCCUUCAAGUCGGUGCCUUUCAGUGCUGGUCCUAGAAGAUGUAUAGCUGAGAAAUUUGCCACUUAUCAAUUGAAAGCUUUACUUUCUUUAAUACUACGCAACUAUGAGAUUUUACCUGCUCAGGAUGGCUUACCACCGGGUAUUAAUGAUCACUCACGCAAGGACUGUGUGCCAGAAAGUGAAUUUGAUCCGAUUUUGAAUAUAAGAGUUACUUUGAAAUCGGAAAAUGGUAUUUUAGUAAGACUUAAGAAGAGAAAUACAUUUUGUAAAAUGUUUAUAUUUAUUUUAUUAGCGGCUUGUCUACUGCCUCUUAUAUAUUUAGAGUUUAGAACAUAUAAAAUAAAACAAAUUGUAAAACAUACACCGGGUCCUAAGACUCUACCAUUAGUGGGUAAUGCCCAUCAGGCCGGGAAAACUCCAAGUGAAAUUUUAGAUAAUUUCUUUACAUGGUUUUACAAAUACAAACAAGAUAAUUUUAAUGUAUGGAUUGGACCCUAUUUGAAUAUUGUGGUGUCCAAUAUUAAGGAUGUAGAGUUCAUUUUAUCCAGCAAUACCUUAAUACAAAAAUCCGAUAUCUAUGACAUGUUACAUCCCUGGCUGGGUCAGGGUCUAUUGACUAGUACUGGUUCUAAAUGGCAUAAACAUCGUAAAAUGAUAACACCCUCAUUUCAUUUUAAGAUUUUACAAGAUUUCCACGAAGUCAUGAAUGAAAAUUGCAAUAAAUUUGUGGAGAAAUUAAAAAAGGUGGCGAAAGGAGAUACCAUUAUAGAUUUUCAGGAUCAGGCUCAUUAUUUGACUUUGGAUGUUAUAUGUGAUACUGCCAUGGGCGUGCACAUCAAUGCCAUGGAUAAUCAUGAUGCUGAAAUUGUUAAUGCUUUUAAGGAUAUGUGCUACAAUAUCAACAUGCGUGCUUUUCAUCCUUUGAAACGUAAUGAUUCCAUUUUCAAAUUUUUCCCCGAUUACAAAGAUUUCUGCAAGACCUUGAAAACUUUACAAGAUUUUACAUAUGAGGUCAUUGAGAAACGCAUUGAAAGUCGCAAACAAGAAGAGUCCCACAAAACCGAAACUGUUGAAGAUGAAUUUAGCAAACGUAAAAUGGCCUUUUUGGAUACCCUGCUAUCAUCCACCAUUGAUGGUCGUCCUUUAAAUACCCAAGAAAUCUAUGAAGAAGUCUCAACAUUUAUAUUUGAGGGUCAUGAUACCACCACAUCGGGAGUAACCUUUGCUGUAUACUUAUUAUCACGUCAUCUGGGUGUGCAACAACAAGUCUACGAAGAGCAGCAAAGAGUAAUGGGUGGUAAUAUGAAGAGAGAUGCUACAUUUCAGGAAUUAUCGGAAAUGAAAUAUUUAGAUUUAGUUUUGAAAGAGGCUCAACGUUUGUAUCCCAGUGUGCCCAUGAUAGGUAGAUUUACCGAAAAGGAUUAUAAUAUAAAUGGCAAAUCCAUACCCAAACAUACCUCCUUAAACCUAUUCCUCAUGGCCUUGGGUUACAAUGACAAAUCUUUUCCCGAUCCAUAUCGUUUUCAACCCGAACGUUUUGAUAUAGCACAGCGAGCAGAAAAACCAAAUCCCUUUGAAUAUGUACCGUUUAGUGCGGGACCCCGCAAUUGUAUUGGUCAAAAAUUUGCUCAAUUGGAAAUUAAAACUGUGGUCUCGAAAAUUGUGCGUAAUUUUGAAAUAUUACCCGCUCUCGAUGAAUUGGCCUCUAAGGAUGGUUAUGUUAGCACUUUUCUGGGAUCACAAAAACAUAAUAAACCACAACAUAAAUAUGAACCGAUAUUGUCGGCAGUAUUAACUUUAAAAUCAGAAAAUGGUGUACAUUUGAGAUUAAAAGAAAGAAAUUAGUUAUAAGUUUUUAUUUUUUGUUAAAAUAAAGUUUGCAAUAAUGUCUUUUUAAA